CAAGACUCCAACGCUCAAUCUAAUCUAAUCUCUUCACUUCGUCUCAACGUUGCAGCUCCUUCGUUUUGGUACAAGAAGACGGGCUGCUCUGCUGUUUCAACGUUGCAGAUCCGACGACCGCCACUGUUGCUCCAACGUCGACUGCUCUGCUUCCCGAAGUAGCAAUGAAGGUGCGAUCAUCAGUGAAGAAGAUGUGCGACUUCUGUCAGGUUGUUAAAAGAAGAGGACGCGUUUAUGUGAUUUGUACUUCUAACCCUAAGCACAAGCAGCGCCAAGGAAUGUCCACUUUUGCUUUCGAACAUGGGUCUGUGAAAUCUAGUGCUAAGCAGGAGAUUGCACCCAGUCUCGGCAUGGGGAUAGGUCUGGCUUCUGUCCUACCGAAAAAGCAUGAACCAUCGAUAAUGUUUGGAUGGAGUUCGAGCCUAUCAUCUCUCAUUUUUAAACAAGGGAAGUAGCCUGAGAUAACUCGAAGGAAAUGGAUUAAGCUUGUAAUACUUCUGCAUUGCAUUGUACAAGUGAAAAUGUGGAUACCUAAAAAGGUUCUACUUGUACAUUUGAAGUACUUUACUUUGCCGGAGAUAAUUCCAUAUUAAAUAAGUAGAGAAUAGUAUAAUUAUUUAGAAUUAGAGAUCAGUGAUGUCUAGCAAAACUUAUUAGAUUUUGUGCCGAUUGAAUUCAAAUUUUAUUAUUUGUUGGAUGGCCUAA